AUGACCAAAGCCUUUAAAAUCCUCAUUCUCCCAGGCGAUGGCAUCGGCCCGGAAGUCAUGACAGAAGCCAUUAAAGUCCUUAAAGCCUUCGAAACACCAGAACGCACGUUCGAACUUCGCCAAGAGCUGAUAGGAGGCUGCAGCAUCGACACCCACGGUAAACCAGUAACAGACGAAGUCAAACAAGCUGCUCUAACCUCCGACGCCGUCCUCUUCGCCGCCGUCGGAGGACCCAAAUGGGAUAAUGCGCGACGUGGACUCGAUGGCCCUGAAGGAGGACUACUGCAGCUGCGCAAGACACUGGAUAUCUAUGCAAAUCUACGCCCGUGCUCGUCUACCUCACCGAGUUCAUCGAUUGCCAAGGAGUUUAGUCCAUUCCGGGAGGAUGUGAUCAAAGGAGUUGAUUUUGUUGUGGUGCGGGAGAACUGCGGUGGCGCUUAUUUUGGGAAGAAGGUUGAAGAGGAGACCUAUGCGAUGGACGAAUGGGGGUACUCCGAAGCCGAGAUCCAGCGUAUAACUCGUCUCUCCGCCGAAGUAGCAUUGCGACACAACCCUCCUUGGCCAGUGAUCUCUCUCGACAAGGCGAAUGUGCUGGCCUCUUCUCGACUUUGGCGUCGCGUGGUGGAUAAGACCAUGGCUGCUGAGUACCCGCAAGUCAAGCUGGUGCACCAGCUUGCCGACUCGGCCUCGUUGAUUCUAGCGACGAAUCCACGAUCUUUGAAUGGUGUUAUUCUGGCGGAUAAUACAUUUGGAGAUAUGAUCUCCGAUCAAGCUGGGUCGAUUGUUGGUACUCUUGGUGUGUUGCCGAGUGCCAGUCUCAAUGGUCUCCCUGGUGAUAAGAUGCUGCAGACGAGACCGUAUGGAUUGUAUGAGCCUACACACGGGUCUGCUCCAACUAUCGCCGGUCAAAACAUCGCCAACCCUGUUGCAAUGAUCCUCUGUGUUGCGCUUAUGUUCCGUUACUCGCUGAGCAUGGAAGCAGAGGCCCAACGGGUGGAAGAUGCUGUGCGAAAUGUGUUGGAUUCUGGACUACGAACCCCUGAUUUGGGUGGUAAAGCUGGAACUGAUGAAGUGGGUGAUGCGAUUGUGUCUGCACUGAAGCAUAUGUGA